AUGAUAAAACGAAUUAAAGAAGCAUUCCGUAAAUUUAAAGAGGAUGAUGAUUAUGAGGAUGUGGAUGAUGUUCGAGAGGAGAAGGUUGAAUUGAGUACAUCAAAGACUAAUGAAGAUAUUCAUCACAAUAGUAGUGGAGGAACAGUUCAAACAAUGUUUACAAUUGGUUAUGGAGGUCUCUAUCCAAAAUCCAUCUAUGCUAAUGUUUUGGUUGUUUUACAAUCAUUUUUAGGACUUUUUACUUCGACAAUUGUCGUUACAUUGAGUGUCGCUAAAUUUUCUAGACCUACUAAACUAAGGAAAAGAAUUUUAUUCAGCAAGAAUGCUGUAAUUAAUCAUAUUGGAUAUUUUUCAAAACAAGAUAUAUUUAAUGAUGUAAAUCAAAGAGCUCAACAAGCAAUAAUACCACCACAACCGUUUAAGGAAACUCUGCCAAUGUAUUUGAUUUUCAGAUUUAUUAACUCGAGAAAAACUCAAUUUAUUGCGACCAAACUGAGAUUACUAUUCAUUGAAUGGAAGAAUGAAGAUGAAAGACAUGAGCAUGAAAGGGUAAAUACAAACCAUGCUAAACGGAUUAUGGAACACCAAAACUUAGAUCUUAAAAGAUCUAAUGUGGGAGUUGUUCAGCAGUUUGUUGAAUUAUCUUCAGGAAUGAAACCCAAGAUAGCUGACAGUAAUGAAACAGUUGUAGAGGAAGCUGAAUUAUACAGAAAUUCCGAAGAUCAAGAAACUACAGCUUUAAGCACAUUUUGGAGAAGAAAGAAGAGAGUUGGUACUUAUCCUGUUGUUUCAGAACUCUACUUCCAAAUCAAUAACCAAGCAGGAAAGUCUAUGGAUAUUGAUUUAUCAACUCCACUGUUGUGUUUACCGUACACUGUUGUACAUUUUAUUACCAUUGAAUCACCACUUUACCCUUACUUGGUAAAUGGAAAAUUGAAAACUAGUAAGAAUACUGAAAUUAUUGCCUGCUUGGAAGCUGUUGAUGAAGCUACGUCAGCAAAUGUCCAAGCACGAUUUUCUUACACUAUGAAUGAUGUUUUACUAGAUCAUGAAUUCACAUCGUGUGUAUUCAGAAAUGAUCAAGAUGAUUUGGAAAUUGAUUAUGAUUCACUGUCGUCUGUUAGACCUAUUAAAAGCAAUUAA